GGUCGUGGAUCAGAGACGAGGAUACCGAGAUGCCAUAGAUGCACAUUGACAGAAUUUACUCUUUUGAUAGUUUUAUUUUUCCUGGUCCUAUUUACUUUGUUUUGCUAUAUUCCCUAUCCAGUUUCUUAACCGGAUUAGCUGCGGCAGACUGUCUUGUUUAAGCGUCCCCACUAUUCCCACACGGGGUAAAAAGAUGAGAGGACGAUGGCGCCUUUACUUUUUGGCUGUCUUGGUCUACAUGAUUGCAUUGCACAUGCGGUCCAAAGCGGAUUCCAAUGCAACACGCAAAGACAUCACAACAUUCACCAAGAUCCUGGACAGUCUGCUAGAUGGCUAUGAUAACAGGCUUAGACCUGGCUUGGGUGACCGCGUAACAGAAGUAAAGACAGAUAUCUAUGUGACGAGCUUUGGUCCUGUGUCAGACACAGACAUGGAAUACACUGUAGACGUUUUCUUCCGUCAGAGUUGGAAAGACGAGCGAUUGAAGUUCCACGGGCCAAUGAAUAUUCUGCCUCUCAACAACUUAAUGGCCAGUAAGAUCUGGACUCCUGAUACCUUCUUUCACAACGGCAAGAAGUCGGUGGCCCAUAACAUGACAAUGCCCAACAAACUAUUGAGGAUUAUGGAGGAUGGAACGCUACUCUACACUAUGAGGCUGACAGUCCAAGCUGAGUGCCCCAUGCACCUGGAAGACUUUCCUAUGGACUCUCAUUCAUGUCCUCUCAAGUUUGGCAGCUAUGCCUACACAAAGACGGAAGUUACUUACAUUUGGACUCGAAAUGCUUCCCAGUCUGUGGAUGUGGCAGCUGAUGGAUCCAGACUCAACCAAUAUGAUUUAGUGGGCCAAACUGUUGGAAAAGAAACAAUUCAAUCCAGCACAGGUGAAUACACCGUCAUGACUGCCCACUUCCACCUGAAGAGGAAAAUUGGCUAUUUCGUCAUCCAGACAUAUUUACCAUGUAUCAUGACAGUCAUCCUUUCCCAGGUGUCUUUUUGGCUGAAUAGAGAGUCCGUUCCUGCCAGAACAGUGUUUGGUGUAACUACAGUACUUACAAUGACCACCCUAAGUAUCAGUGCCCGCAAUUCUCUGCCCAAAGUGGCGUAUGCAACAGCAAUGGACUGGUUCAUUGCUGUGUGUUACGCGUUUGUCUUCUCGGCGCUCAUUGAAUUUGCCACUGUUAACUACUUCACCAAGCGAGGCUGGGCCUGGGAUGGAAAGAGUAUCGUCAAUGACAAGAAAAAAGAAUCAUCUGUGAUGAAGAAGAACAAUGCUUAUGCAGUGGCUGUGGCUAACUAUGCUCCAAAUUUAACUAAAGACACGACAUUACCCACAAUUUCCAAAUGUGCCGUCGGUGAUCCCAACAAGCCCUCCUCAGAGAAGAAACCUGAACAUAACAAGAAAACGUUCAACAGUGUCAGCAAGAUUGACCGCAUUUCCCGCAUCAUGUUCCCCGUUCUUUUCGGGAGCUUUAACCUUGUUUACUGGGCCACCUACCUCAACAGAGAACCGGUUAUUAAAGGCCUGGAUGAUUCGAAAUAAGCCACAGGUACUUUUUCUACAUGUCGAAAGCUGUUUACAUGGACUGUAAAAUUCCCUUCACGUAUUCCUGAAAUGCACUAUAUGUAUAUGUGUGAUCAUAACUACCAUAUUAUACGAAAUAUUUCCAAAGUAUUGUAUAUUAUUCUAUUAGGUUUGUUGAUCAUGAAAGAAAUGGAGCACUGGUUAAUUUAGAGGUGUCAUUGUGACUUGUGUGAUUAUCUAAAUUUGGACAUGUGUCAAUUUCUUUGAACAAAUAAUUUGUUGAAUAUUCCUGUAAUUAACAGUGUUUUGCAACCUCACAAAUGAUUUUAUAUGUAUUGACUGCUUUGAACAGAGUUGGUGUUGAAAAAGUGUUGGAAAAUAAGAGUGACAUUCUGUUUAAUCUGUACAUGUUUGCUUUUUAUGAUAAUUAUAUAUAUAUAUAUAUAUAUAUGUUUUUUUUUUUUUUUUUUUUAAGUGCCAAAAUUCUUUUUUUUUUUCUUUAACAGAAUGAAUUAUUUUUAUAAAAGCUUAACUCAUUGCAUGUACACUCCCACCAAUGAGUUUAUCACUAGUAGACGUCAAAUCCAAGUUAAGUGUGUGCCAGCAAAUAAAUGAAUGUUCAUUCACUGCCAACCCUCCCGCUUCAAAUGGAUUGGAUGUCUAGCACCGUUAAUGCAUUGGAAGCCUAAGAGUUAAGCAGUGUCUGACCAAGCAAUGAUUGCAAUUACUUUAGAGUCAAAUAAUUAUACAGUAAUUUAGUAUUAAAAUAAACACAACUAGGAGUGGGAACCUCUUGGUAUCUCACGAUACGAUACGAUUUGCGAUACAAAGUUCACGGUAACGAUGAUCUGACGAUAUGGCGAUACAACGAUUAUCGAUAUAUUGGUCAGGAAAUUAUUCUAGCAUAUUCUACAAACAACUAAUAAACAGAAAAAACAAGCUUCUGUUGUGAAUUGGAAUGAGUUUAUCAC